AUGGCACCAGGUGAAAUUAUUAUAUUCGAAUUAUGUCAAGCUGUUCAAGAGUUUUUAUUACUAUAUAAUAAAGAAACGGUUUCAUUACAUGAAGAGAUGAUUAAAAGAUUGAAUACAAAUAUCAAUAGAGUCAAUAGUAGUGAUGAUAUUAAUAAUAAUAAUAAUAAUAAUAAUGAUGAUGAUGAUGAUAAUGAUGAUUACGAUGAUUCCGAUGACGAAAAUAGUGAUAGCGAUUAUGAUGAUUAUGAUGAUUCUGAUGAUGAAAAUUCUGAUGAUGAAUUUUAUAGUGAUGAUGAAGAUUAUAAUACUCGUCAUCAAAUGGGUGAUAUUGGUUCAAGUGUAAACAAAAUAAUUAAUAGUAUUGAUCAUACAAUAUCACAUGGUGGUGGUGUUGGUGUUGGUAUUGGUAGUGGUAAUGGUUUAUUUAGUAAAUCAUCAUCAUCAUCAUCACCAAUGAUUCCAUAUAAUUUUAGUUUUGAUUCAUUGAAUGGUUUUGAUCCGGAUAUUAUUUUUGAGGAUAGUUUUCAAACACCACUCAAGGGCAGUUCAAGUAUUGACUUUGAGGAAAUGAAUAAUUUAACAAAUAGUAAUAAUAGCAAUUCUACUGCUACUACUACCACUACUACUACUACUAAUAAUAAUAAUAAUAAUAAUACUAAUAAUAAUAAUAAUAAUAAUAGUAAUAAUAAUAAUAAUAAUAAUAAUAAUAAUAAUAAUACUAAUAAUAAUACCAAUAAUAAUAAUAAUAAUAAUAAUAAUAAUAAUAAUAAUAAUAAUAAUAAUAAUAAUAAUAAUAAUAAUAAUAAUAAUAAUAGUAAUAAUAAUAAUAAUAUAAGUAAUAAUAAAAUUAAUAAAAUUAAUAAUAAUAAUAAUAAUAAAGAAUUAAUAGAUAAUAAUAAUAAUAAUAAAGAUAAAGAAAAUGAUUUAAUAAAUGAUACAAUACCAAAGAUAAAAUGGAAAAAAGGAAGUUGUAUUGAAAGGAAAUCUAAUUAUUCAGUUUAUAGGGGUGUAGAUGAAGAUACUGAUAGAAAAUUAAUUUGUAAGAUCGUAAAUUUAAAUAUUGAUGAUAGAUCAUCAUCCUCUUUAACAUCAUUGUCGAAUAGUAAUAAUAAUAAUAGCAAUAAUAAUAACAAUAACAAUAACAAUAAUAACAAUAAUAAUAAUAAUAAUAAUAAUAAUAAUAAUAAUAAUAAUUUAUCAAUUGAUGUGGUUGAAUUAAAAAAAAGAUUAAUUGAAAAGGUGAAAAUGAUUCAAAAAGAGAUAGAGUCUAUGAAAUAUUUAGGUAAUCCUUAUAUUAUCAAAUAUUUAGGUACAAACUUUCAAGAAGGUCAAAAUACACUUUAUAUUUUUCAAGAAUAUAAUUCAACAUUAACAUUACAACAAAAGAUACUUUCAAAUGGUAUUGGUUUUGAAGAGAGUCAAGUAAAGAAAUUCACUUACCAACUAUUAUUAGGUUUAUUAUAUUUACACUCUCAACAUAUACCUCAUAGAGAUUUCAAAUCUCAUAAUAUCUUUUUCAACCAAUCAACUUCAAAAAUGUUAUUAUCAAAUUAUGGUGGCAGAAAUAUUAAAAUUUUUGAUCAUUUUGAAAAAUUAAAUUCUUUAAAAAAUUUAAAUUCUUGGAUAUCAAGUACAAAUAAUAGUAUUAAUAAUAUCAAUAAUAUCAAUAAUAAUAAUAAUAAUAAUAAUAACAAUAUCAAUACUACUACUACACAAAAUCAAAUUAAUAAUGAAAUUGAUAGACGUGAAGAUAUUAUUAAUUUAGGUAUAGUUGUUUUAGAAAUGUUAUGUGGUAGUGAUUUAGCAAAUAAUCAAACUGUUUUAAUUUAUUUAGCACAAUUGAAUUUAUUGAAUAAUCAACAACAGAAUCAAAAUUUUAUACAACCACCACCUUUACAAUACCAAUUACAACAACAGUAUGAUUUAAUUAAAGAGAUUGAACAAAAGACUCAUCCAUCAUCGCCCAUUUCAAAUAAUGCAAAGGAUUUCUUAUCACUUUGUUUCACGAUCAAUGGUAAUGGUAGCACUAAUGAUAGCUUAGAGGCUGGUAUCCUAUUGAAACAUCCUUUCUUGGCUUCAAAUUCAAAUUCAACUCCACCACCUUCAAAUUUCUUAAAUUUUACAAAUAAUAUUAAAUUUUUGGAUCAAAGAUCCGCUGCUACUCAAGCAUUAUUAUCUUCUCCUCAUUCAUUAAUACCACAACCAAUUCAAACUUUAAUUAAAUCACAAACACCCAAUAAUAAUAAUGAUAAUAAUAAUUUAGCAUCUUCAAAUGAAUUAUUAUCAUCAUCAAAUGGUAGUAAUAUUGAUCUUAGAUCAACAAAUUCAUCAAUCGUUUCAAAUCCAUUAGCAACUAGUAGUAGUUUAGAUAAUAUUACACCACCUCCUUCAAGACCAAUUUCACCAAAACCUUCUCCUUUAAAUAAGAGAAAUCAAAAAUUACAAACAUCUCAACAAAAACCACCAUUAUCACCACCACAAACACCAUUAAAACAAAUUCCACAAUCACCACAAUCACCACCACAACAAAAUUUUAAUACACCACCAACUACAACAACAACCACUACAACUCCAACUGCUACUCCAACAACUCCAACUAUGACACCAUUAACACCAAUUCAAAAACAACAACAAAUUGAUUAUGAUAUGUUUAGAUAUCAUUCUAGAUAUAGAACUGAUUUUGAAGAGAUUGAAAUGAUUGGCAAAGGUGGUUUUGGAGUUGUUGUAAAGAGUAGAAAUAAAUUGGAUUGUAGAUAUUAUGCAAUAAAGAAAAUUAAAACCAAGGGUUAUACAGACUCUAAUCAAGAACCAUUAACAAAUAAACUUUUGAGAGAGGUAACAACUUUAUCAAGAUUACAUCAUCAAUUUGUUGUUAGAUAUUAUCAAGCUUGGAUUGAGAAAUCCUGUGAUAGCUUUCAAUCGUUGGAAGAAGGUAAUGAAGAUCUAUCUGGUGAUUUGGAAACUGAUGCUUCAGAAGAUUGGUUUAUGCAAUCAAGUAUCAAUAGUAGAUCAAUCAUUUCAAGAGAUUCUUAUUCUGGUUUAAGUACUUCAAAUAGUAAUGUAGGUGGUGUCAAUAAUACAGCUGGUGGUGGUGAUAGUGUUAGCAAUGCAAAUAGUAAUAAAAGUAUGAUCGUUGGUAAUAGUAAUAAAAAACUAACAUUAAGUAGUAGUAAUACAUCAUCAUCGUCAUCGUUAUUAUCAAAUAAUAAAAGUAAAAUUUUAAAUACCUCAAAAAGUACAAGUACUAAUACCAGUACAAGUACGAGCACAAGUAAUACAAAUAAAAAUAAAAAAAUUUCAAAGAAAAAGAAAUCAAAAUUAUCACCAUUAAUGAAACCAAAGAAUAAAAAGAAUAAAAAUAAUGGUGAAAGUGAACAAAGUUCAAGUGAUAGUGAAAAUGGUGAAAAUGGAAUGAAAUCAAGAAUAAUUGAGAAUGCUUCAGAUUCAUAUAGUGAUGAUGAUAAUAAUAAUAAUAAUAAUAAUGAUAAUAAUAAUAAUUAUCAUAGUGAUAAUGAAAGUGAUAGUUUUUCAGGUAGUAUUAGUAUGAGCGAUGGUAAUGGUAGUGGUUAUGAAGCUACUGAUGAUGAAGACAUUAUUAAUAAUAGUGGUAGUUUUGAUGAAAAUGAAAAUGAUGAUGAUGAUGAAGAAGAUGAUGAUGAUGAAUAUGAUGAAGAAGAUGAUGAUUAUGAAACAUUUGAUUUUCAAGAUAAAUCAAGAGUUGUUUCAAAUAAUUCAAAAUUAUCAACAUCAUCAUCUAGAAAGAAACCACCAAAAGAAACUCAUACAUUAUAUAUUCAAAUGGAGUAUUGUUCAAAGAAAACCUUGAAAACUUUAAUUGAUAAUGUGGGUGGUAUAGCAGAGGAAGAGGCAUUUAGAUUAUUACGUCAAAUUGUUGAAGGUUUAAAUCAUAUUCAUAGUCAACAAAUUAUUCAUAGAGAUUUAAAACCAGCCAAUAUUUUCAUUGAUAAUGAGCAAAAUGUAAAGAUUGGUGAUUUUGGUUUAGCAACAAGCGGUGCACCAGUUUCAAAAUCUGACGAUUUGAAUUCAAGUACUUCAAAUACAGCCAAUAAUAUUAAUUUAUCAUCAUCAACCAAUUCAACUGCACAGCAAACUCCAAUGUGGGAUUUAAAUGAUGAAAAUCUUAGCAUGACAGGAGGUGUUGGUACACCAUUCUAUUGUUGUCCAGAGAUUUUAGAAAAGAAUACCAAACAUUACGGAACCAAAGUUGAUAUGUAUUCUUUGGGUAUUAUUUUCUUUGAAAUGUGUUUUCAAUUUCAAACUCAAAUGGAACGUUCAAAUAUAUUAAGAGAUCUUAGAGACAAUUUAAAAUUUCCACCAGGAUUCGAGUCGACUAAACCUGACCAAACUCAAAUCAUUAGAUCCUUGUUAUCAAGAGAUCCAACUCAAAGACCAUCAACUAAACAACUAUUGGAGAGUGGUUUAUUACCAUCAAAGAUGGAAGAUGAUAUCUUAAAAGAGGCAAUUAAAACCAUUGCAAAUCCAACCAUUUCUUUAUUCUCUUAUUUGAUGGAGAAAUUGUUUUGUUUAUCAAAUGAUGAACAUAUCAUGUCAAGAUAUCUCUACACAUCUAAUCCAUCAUUAACCCCAAUGCAUUUAAUUUGUAGGGAGAAAACAUUUUCAAGAUUGGAGAAAAUCUUUUUAAAUCAUGGUUCAAUAAGAAUUGAUACACCAACACUAUUUCCAAAGAAUCCAACAAAUUCAACUCAUCCUGGUGCAGCCAAUGUCGCCAAAUUUUUAGAUGAAAGUGGUACUGUAGUUUAUUUACCAUAUGAUCUAACUAUACCAUGGGCAAGACAUGUAGUUAUACACAAUAUUCAACAAGCGAAAAGAUAUACUUUCUCAAAAGUUUAUCGUAGAUCUCAACCUGGUUUCUCACCAAAAGAAUUAUAUGAAUGCGAUUUUGAUAUAAUUGGUCCUUCAAAAUCUAGACAUAUAAGUGAUGCUGAAACUUUAAGAAUCAUUAUUGAAAUUAUGGAAGAAUUUAAAGAUGAAUUAUUUGGUAAUAAUAGUGGCAGUAAUAGUGGUAGUGGUAGUGGUGGUAGUAUAAAUUAUAAGAUUAGAAUUAAUCAUUAUGGAUUGUUAGAUAGUAUUUUAUCAGAAUGUGGUGUUGAAAAAAGAUUUUUUACAGUUGUUUAUCAAACAGUAGCACAAUUACAUUGGAGAUUAAAUUGGGCUCAAGUUGCCCAAUCUUUAAAGGAACAUGGUUUAUCAGCAUCAAUAGUUUCAAAUAUAUCAACUUAUUUUAGACAAAGGGGUGAAUUAGCACAAUGUGUCACUCAAUUGGAAUCAUUAUUAGCCAAUCAUAAAGAAGCAACAACCGGUAUAUCAGAUUUAAAAAUUUUGGUUAGAAAUUUACAAAUGAUCAAUAUAAUACCAAGGUUUUUAUUGGAUUUAAGUUUAAUUCAUAAUCAUCAAUACUAUGAAGGUCUUGUUUUUCAAGCAUAUAUUGAACGUCCAACUUUGUCAAAUCCAUCAAGAACUGAAAUCAUUAUGUCUGGUGGUAGAUAUGAUAAACUGAUUAAAUCACUUCAUCCAAAUCCAUCAUUGUCAAAUAAUAUUGUUAGUGGUGUUGGUGUUACUUUAGCUUGUGAAAAAAUUGUAAAUUCAGUAUUAAAUUAUCGUCAACAUCUUUUAAAUAAUUGUUUCAAUACUACUUAUACUCGUCGAAAUAAAGAUCCUCCUAAUAGUAAUAACAACCCCAACAACAACAACCUCAAUAAUAAUGUUAGUAUUUUUACUAAAUUUCAAUCACAUAUUGAAGUUUUUGUUUGUUCAUUAGGAUCCUCAUUGCUUGGUGAAAAACUACAAGUUGCAUCUCAGCUAUGGUCAGCUGGUAUAAAAGCUGACUAUUCUCAAACUGAUUACUAUUCUUCAGAAGAUAUCUAUUCAAAUUGUCGUGAAAAUGGUAUACCCUGGGUUGUAAUAUUAAGAGAAAAAGCCUUUCAAAUUGGUAAAUUAAAAGUUAAACAAAUUGAAACAAGACAAGAAAGAACAGUUGCAAGAAAAGAUUUAGUUGAUUUUUUUUUAAAAUCUAGAAAACAUAACGUUGAUUCAAAAAAUAUAAUUCAAAAUACAAGUAGCAGUGAUUUAUCAAAUUUAAUUGGUGGUAUCAAUAAUUCUGGUAGUGGUGGUAGUGGUGGUAGUGGUGGUGGUAGUAGUAUGAGUAGUGGUGGUGGUGGUGGUGGUAAUAGUAAUAUUGGAGGAAGUGAUCAUCACCAUCAUGGUCAUCAUAGUAAUCAAUCAACAUCGAGUAGUGGUAAUUCCAAUAAUAGUAAUACACAACAAACAUCUCCAAUUCAACAUCAUGUUCACUUUAGUAAUACAAAAAGUAUAAUUGGCUCAAGUGGGAUUAUUAGCAACGCAACAUUUAGUGGAGGUAGCAGUAGUAGUAGUAAUAUUAUUCACUUUGAUGAACCGACAGAUUCAUUUAGUACUCAAAUAGUUUAUCAAGGUGUUGAAGAAAUAAAGAAAUCUAAAAUCGAAACAUUGGUUCAAACUUCACUUUCAAAAUUAUUCAGAGGAUUCAUUCAAUCAAAGUCUUCAACUAUUCGUGUUAUUGUAACAGAUUUAGCUUAUUCUGUGAUUAGAGAUUUACAAAUUUCAGAAUCUCAUGAUAAUAUAUCAAAGUUCCAGCGUGUAAGCAAAGAAAAACUCUUACAACUUAAAAAUCAAAUCUUUAAAUGGAAAGUUUACCCAUUCAUUGUCAUUCAUUCAAUUAAAGAUGAUAAAUCAGUUAUAUUUAAUAGUGUUGUUUAA